CUUCGGGAUAUAUGAUUUGGCUCGGGAGCUGCUUAUGACCAAUAGGUUGCCCCGGACACCUCCAGCGGUAAAUGAAAGGAUACAUGAUGAUAUCUAGAACCACACCAUUAAUUCUGGCUGCCCGCGGAGGCCACACAGCCGUUGUGCAGAUACUGCUUGCAAAUGGCGCGGGUGAUGAAGGUUUGGCGCUGGUGGCAGCUGCCUGUAGAGGUCAUACGGAUAUUGUGCAGCUCUUGAUUGCAAAUGGCGCGGGUUAUAAACAUAGAGCGGCGGCGAUGGCUGCCCAUAGAGGUCAUACGGAUAUUGUGCAGCUCUUGGUUGCAAACGGCGCGGACGCCGAACUGGCGUGGACCCGUGCAGAGCUAGACAACAGUGGGCAGCAUUGAUUCCAAACGGUGAUGGCAGCAAAGAUGUUGAAAAGAGAUGUAAUUGUGCGGCGAUUGCACCGACGAAGCAACCUCAACAUAUAAAUAAGGCUAAUAGUCCAGUACUAGACAGGU